GUGGAAAUAAUGUGUUUUAAACCACACAAACACAUUGUAUUACACCAAAUAAUGUUGUUUUUAGCAAUGUAAUAGGUGCUCUUUAAAUUCUCUUGUCGACUUUGUGUUAAUGGAGAGAAGGGAGAGUUUGUUUUCAAACAUCAUAAACAAACAAAAUGUGAGUGGUAAAAAUAUAUAGUUGUGGUGUACUCUUUUGAAUUAUGUAACAUAUACUUAAAAGGUUCCAAAUUUGGGUGUGUAAAGGGGCACUCAAUGUUUUGCCCAACAUUUCUGAAGGUUCCUCCCAACUGGUUUCAUAUGUGUGCCAACCUUGUUUGACAAUCGCCAGAUGACCAAUUACAUUAAAUAGAGUGAGGAGUCCAACCCUGCAUGCAGUCUUCUGCCAAAGUUGAUUCCUCACAACAUGUGGAAAGUCACAAGCACGCUCCUGCUAACAUGCUGCCUCUGGGCUGCUGUGGCUCAGGAUCACAAUGCAGAUUACAGGGAGAGCAUUUGGGAAAACCCGAUCCGGUUCGCUACCAAGCCCACUAAAGACGACUGCUCCAUGAAAGUGACAGGACAACAAGAUCUGACAAUACUACGCAUCGUGUGCCGUGGACAAACAAGUUCUUACUGGUGUGAGUAUAGGGGAAAACCUAACGUCUGCCGCAACUACAACAACAAUCCACGGCAUUAUUUCACCCAGAUCAUGUGGGAUCUCCGCAAACUGCAGAACGCCUGCCAGGGUCAGAGCGUCAUUAAACCUCUGAUGUGCAAGAGAGCAUCCGAUGAGGCCCAGAUGGUCUUCGCAACCUCAUCCUCAUCUGAUGCUGUGCCAUUGGACAGGCCCCUCAGACCAACCUUUGCAAAACCCGAGCAGAUGAAAGCACACCAGAGAGGUCCAGAUCAAAGAGCAAAACCACAGCUCCAAGCAUCCAGAACUAAGGGCACAAAUCAAGUCAAACCAUUUAAAUACAGAACGCAAAUGAAAAUAAUGACACCCAUGCCAACUCUGCCAAUGCCAACCGAUCCAGUACCCCUGAGUGAAGCACAGAAACUUGCCCAGUACUACUGCUGGCGCUCCUUUCAGCGUGUGUGUUCCUACUUCAUAGGGUGGUUCAAAAACUAAAAGACAACAAACCCCACUGAAGUACAGCAAAUGUAAAGAGCUGGAUGGAUGAAGACAACUUAUUUGUGUGUCUAUGAAUUUAGGGUAAUUCAAUAUAACAUGACAUUAUAGUUAAACUAUACUAUAAGGUGUUGCACCUAAAUUGUAUAUUUGUGUAAAACUAUAAGUUGUAUUAUUCCUAUUUCCAAAUCUAUGCUAUGUGUUCAUAAGUGCUGAAUUAUUACAGUAUGGAUCAGUAUUUUUGGUAACAUAAGGGUUAUAUUUGUUAACAUUUGUUCAUGAAUUAGCUAACAUGAACUAACAAUAAAUAAUACUUCUACAGCAGCAAUUAUUAAUCUUUGUUCAUGUCAAUUUUGGCAUUAAUGAUAUUUUUUUUCAAAUCAAUAUUUUGUUACUGCACAAUGAAGUAACACAAAACUGUCUCGCAUAUAUCACGUGUGUGAAUAAUGUGUGAAUAAAUUGCAUUUUGGUUGUUUAAACUUUGCUUUGUCUGAUGUUGAUUUCAUAAGAGUGCAGCAGGAGGCGCUAUUGUGUUGGAAAGAGUGUAGAUAAAGUAGCCUAUAGAUUUGUAAGGGUAAAACUUCAUUUUCUAUACAAAAUGUUACCACUUAAACAAUAUUUUUAUCACUACACUAAUUAUUAAAAAUUAGCUAUAUUUUAUUUGAUCGAUUUAAGUAAAAAAACAUUUAUAUUAUUCGCUACUUUUCUACUGUCUAUAUCGGCUGCCUUAGAAACUCCCAUAUGCCAAUUUACAACUCGUUAAAUAACAUAUUGACCAAUUAAAAACGAAUUCAAAACACCAUAGCCCAUACUUCAGUAUUUACUAUAGUAAACUGAAGUUAAAAUUCGUUAUGCUACCAUAGUAAAUAUUGAAGCAUGCUACAAAACAGUAUGAGUUAUAUAGUUAGUUAUAUAGGCUACAAAAUAAUGUAGUAUGCUAUAUUAAAAUUUACUACGGUUAACUCCAGAAAGUAUUAAAGUACACUACAUCACUGUUUUUUCAAAUGUGUGUUAAAAGCACGUGAAUGUAAUGUGAAAGCUGGGAGGCGUGUGGCCGCGUGCACGCGCGAGAUGCGCUAUCCCUAUAAAUGGCUCGGUCAGGAACCGUCGUAUCUUUUAAACGGCUUACUUCAACCACUAUAGUCAAAAGUUAUUAUAGUAAUAUGUAGUUAGGCUCAUAUUGCGAUAAUUUUGUAUUAUUUUGGUGCGGUUGACAAUUUAACCCGCUCUCCAAUUUUUUUGUGUCCACACGUUGCAUUUAUUUUUCUUUGCACUUUGAAAAAAUAAUCCGUAAACGAUGCGCGUAGAAGUCGCUCUCGUUUUGAUAUUUGCCUGCGUCGCGACACUUUUCCUACAGGCGGACGGCGUGAU